CUCGUCAGACUAUCGUUUUUUUUAAUUUUUUAUUUUUAGAGGAAGGAUUUACUAAGAGGAAGGACUUCCUGUUUUUCACUUGUGCGUGAUAUCGCUGUGAAGAUGUGCUCAGCAUGAGAUCUACGGAGAACAGUUGACGACUGCUGAAAGGCAGCGUCCCGACACAAAGCCGAGUCACGAGAAAUCAUGUAUCACCGUUGACCGAGCAGUUUGAGUGAAAACACCGCUGCUGGAACAGUAGAGAAUCUUUUAGAGUUCGUUCAACAAUAAUGGCACCCUAGUGAGACCUUGUUUGAUUUUAUUUGUGUCAUCCUUUGGAGCUGGUGUAGGAAGCAAACGUCGUGGCUGUGGACUCCACAAUGGCUUCAUUGAAAGUGGCAGUCCGUGCUCGUCCGUUAAACAACAGGGAAUUAGAGCUCGGAUCCAAAUGCAUAAUUCAAAUGGAGGGACAGAAGACAACGAUAUUCAACACGAAGCUGUAUGGUGAGGUUGGAUUGGAAGGAGACAAGUCAAGAGAUAUCAAGAAGGAAUUUAUCUUUGAUUUCUCCUAUUGGUCGGCUGACUCUAAUGAUUCAAAUUUUGUUUCCCAAGACCAGGUUUUCAGUGACCUUGGUCAGGGAGUUUUGGAAUCAGCAUUUGAAGGUUAUAAUGCUUGUUUAUUUGCCUAUGGUCAAACAAGUGCUGGGAAAACUUACACCAUGAUGGGAACAAAUGAAGAAGUUGGACUCAUUCCCAGAAUCUGCAAGGGAUUAUUUGAAUACAUUAGCCAGAACACAUCUCUGAGUUCAUCAUUCAGAACUGAAGUGAGCUAUCUUGAAAUUUAUAAUGAAAAUGCCCGUGACCUGUUGAGGCCGCAGAAGUUGAAGAAGCUUCCUCAGCAGAAUUUAAAAGUGCGUGAACAUCCUAAAGAAGGGCCGUAUGUGGAAGGGUUGACAAAGCAACAUGUUUCUGAUUAUGAUUCAAUUGAAGUUCUUAUGGAACAAGGGAACAGGCUAAGAGCAACUGCUUCAACAAAGAUGAACAAUACUAGCAGUCGUUCACAUGCAAUUUUUACAAUCAAAUUUACUCAGGCCAGGUUCAUGGGAGAUAUGCCCAGUGAAACGAUAAGCAAGAUACACUUAGUAGAUCUGGCUGGCAGUGAGCGAGCAAGUUCGAGUGGCGCUGCUGGUGAAAGGCUUAAAGAAGGAGCGAAUAUCAACAAAUCCCUCGUUACAUUGGGGAUUGUUAUUUCCACUCUUGCGGAAAACUCUAUCAAUGCAUCUUCAUCUGGAUUCAAGCGCCCUUCAUUCAGGAAGAAACUGUUCGUACCUUACCGUGAUUCUGUCCUCACGUUUCUCCUCAAGGACAGUUUGGGCGGAAACUCUAAGACCGUCAUGGUUGCAGCCAUUUCUCCUGCUGAAUGCAACUACGGUGAAACGCUCAGUACUUUGCGGUAUGCGCAUCGAGCAAAGAGCAUCAUCAACAUGCCGACAAUAAACGAGGAUCCGAACGUCAAACUCAUCCGGGAACUUAGAUCUGAAAUCGAGCGUCUCAAAGCCCUCAUACGAACUUCCGGAACGGGCGAUGAGAAAAAGUCCUUAAAUGACCCCAUGAAAGUCAAUCAGAAACUUCAAGAAAAUCAGGCGCGCGUCGAACAGCUGACGAAAGACUGGACCGAGAAGUGGAAGGAGGCAAAAUCGAUCAUGCAGGAGAGCGAGUUACAGCUUCGGCGUCACGGAUCAUGCGUGGUUCUCGUUGAUCUGGAGCUCCCUCACUUGGUUCGCUUGGAGGAGGAUCCACUCAGAACAGAGAUAAUGCUGUAUCGUGUUAUGCAUGGAAAAACACAUAUUGGACGAGAAGAUGCGCCAAACCCGCAAGAUAUCGUUCUUGAAGGCGAAGAUAUCGACAAAGAACACUGUGUGCUGGAUUUUGUCAAAGGGCGAGUCACGUUUGAGCCGAUUUCUUCAUUGUGUUGGGUAAACGGGGUGGCUGUGUCUCAGCCAACGAAACUAAACCAGGGUGAUGUUAUUGUUCUUGGCAAGAGCGAUGUGUUCAAAUUCAAUUUUCCAACCGAAGCGGCAAAACUGAGGGAAAAACGGCGCUCUGCUCUGUACACCACGGAAUCGACCGAGUCUUUGACUAAUUUACAUACCUCACCUGUCCGUGGUAGUCAUGGAGACCUGAGUGUGAGAUCCGAUUCCUCUUCACCGAUGACUUUGGACUCUGGUGUUGAAAUCGAUCUUCCGGGGCCAGAUUCUUUAGAGGAAAUAAAAAAUCAAGUGACAGAUUUAAUCGCCAGACACAAAGAAGCAGAAGUCAGGCGGCUGGAGAUAGAGAAAACCUUCCAGACUGAAAUCGAUAACAAGCAGAAAGAGAUUGACAACCAAAAAGAGCAUAUUCAGACAUUGCGCGAGAUUCACGAUGGAAAAUCGCAUAAAGCGCGCGAGGAUCUGGAAGAAGUUCGACUUAACAUGGACAAGAAGCACGAGGAUUCGAGGAAAGAGAUUGAGAAGCAGCUGGAGGAUCUGUUCGAAAUGAAACUUAAACAGUGUAGAGAAGCCGAAGAAGCCGCGGAAGAAAUAGCAAAGGAGAGGGAAGAAGUGGCUCGUUUUAUGGAGGGCGAAUGGCAGAAGGUUGUUCAAUAUGAAAUGAAAUUGGCUGAUAUUGAGCUGCACCGGCGGAAAUUGAUUGCUCAAGCGGAGAUCGAACGAGUCGGUCAAGAGGAACUUCAUGCGUUGGAGAUGGAGAAUGAUUUAAAAGGAUUGGAAGAACAACAAGUCGAGUUGUUAGAGUUACAAGAGAAACUUGAAAUAGCCAAGGCUGAAGCUGAGGGUGAAUUAAAUCGAGAUAAACUGACCUUAGACUCGACUCUUGCUGAAAAUUUAGCCGAACUCGACGAGUUAGAACAAAAAAUCCAGCUAAUAGCAGAAAAACAUGAUCAGUAUAUGACUUUCCUAAGCUCUGUAGACGAUUCAGUGGGCUCGGAGGAAAAUUUUGACGAAAGAACAGUUAACAAGAUUGACUACAGUGACACGACACGGAGAAUUUCAGACGCUGGUUUGACAUCUAAAACUGUAGCUUUGGACUUGCGGCAACGCAGACGAGCCAGUUGGAAUUUUCCAUCCAGAAAAUUUUCUGCCUCAGGGGGAGCGAACGAUGAUGCAGUAACACAACAACUGCAAAGAUUGUUUGAGCUUAAAAACGAAAAAGAGGAGAUAAUCGAAAAGACACGCAGUGAAUUAACGCGUGAGAUCACAAAUGUCGAGUUCUAUGGACGGCAAAUUCUGGAAAACGAGGCUAAAAUAACUGAACUCGAAGAAAUGUACAAAACAUCUCGUCAACAACACGCAGAGAAAAUUCGUCUGUGUUUGGAAAGCUUAAAAAUUAAAGAAGAGCAAGACAUUGCUUUGGUAGAUCAAGAUCGUGAACGUUAUGUGGAACUUUUGUGGAAGGAGUAUGGCGAGAUUGAAAGUUUAAUUUCAGAGACGUUUGAAUCUUUGAAUUCCAGCGAUACGCUGGAAGGGGAAACAACAAGCGAUGUCAGAGUAAAUGAUGAAAAGAAACUCGAAGUUCUAAAUUUAGUGAAGAAAAGAUUAAGGCAAAUUGGUAGCGACGAAGAUGUCUUAUUCCUUGAAUACGUCGCUAAACGAGCUCACUUUGAGAAAGACGAAGACAGAGUUCACGAGCAGCAAAGAAAGAUCUCAGAGAAGAUGAUGGAUGGUAUUAAAGAGAAAGAAGUCGCUCUACUGAAACUUUCAGGACAAAAGGAACGGUUCCAUGUGGAAAGAGCCAGAGAAAGGCGACUAAUUACUUCGCGUAUAGGAAGGCUGUCUCGUGUGAAGUCAUCUGGUGAUCUGCACAAUGAAGAAGCACUGGAAUUCUUUAAGGAGGAGGCGAGAAAACUUCGAGAGACGUUCGAGAAAGUGGAAGAAAGUGAAAUGAGGCUUCAAAAUGAGCGGCGGGAGAAAGAAAAUAUCCAUCUGCAGCUGGAAGAAGCGCGAGCAAAACUACGAACCAGCGAGGAGGACAGAGAGGAAUGCGAAGAGAGACUAAAGGAUCUGGAAGAACAAAAACUUCAAAAAGAGAAAGAAAUAUCUGAUUUGAAGAGACAAAUGGAGGAAGAGAAACAAAGCUAUUUGGACAAUCUCAAAACUGAAGACUACGAAGUGAUAGAAAAACCUCUUGUAAAUCGGCUUCACAUUAAAUUUCGUAUUCUUGGUAACCACGCUGCGGCAGAGGUCUUAAAAGAGGCCCUACUUGCUUCAGGUCUUCCCGAGAUGAUCAAAACGGCACCGGCAUCUUUUAGGUCUCCACAGCGUCUGACAAACGACUCUUCUCACGGUGGAUGGACGUUUCACAGUAUUCAGAAAGACGUCACUAUCGUGCGGAAAAGGGAAGAGUGCAGUGGCAGUCUCCUACACUGUUUUAUGGGGCGAGGAGUCAUCCCGGCACCACCACCGACCGUGUGGGAGGCAGUCAAGAACCCGCUGUCCAGAUAUAUUUACGACAACAUGCUCAAGAAAAUAAAUAUUGUAGAGCAUGUGGAAGAAGGACUGAAAGUUGUGUAUAUGCUUCAUGAGACGUCUCAGUGCUUUAUGACACAUUCACGUGACUUCUGCUACGUCUCUAAAGAACGCGUAGAGGGUGACAAGUACGUGCUUGCAUCUCAGUCGAUUGAGCAUCCAAAGUGUCCUCUGACACCUUCAAUCAUCCGGGGACAGAUCAUGUCCAGUGGAUGGAUUGUAGAACCGUUAUGUGUUGAAGGACAAGAAAUGUCUCUUGUGUGGUACAUCACCAAGGUUCAUCUUGGUUCUUCUACGCUACCCUGGCGACUGAUCGACCUGCUAUCCAAACGCCAGCCCCUCAGUAUUGCGUUCUUACGGAGCUACUUAACACCUCCUUGACAAUACUGAUUAAUGACAGCGCACGGCACCAUCAGAAGUAAAGAUGGCCGCUGGAGUCAAGAUAAGGAACCCUUUGGCGUAUUCAGAGAGAUGAAUGUAUGUAUUUCAGGAGAAAAAAUUAACUCUACGUGUAACGUAAGUCUGUUUAUCUCAGUCAGAAUUAUUGUGUUUACCUGCUUUAAGAAAAAGACAUAACAAGAGUGUUAUUGUGUGCAGCAGCUUGUUAAUAUAAAUCGAUAGAUGUCAUUAAAUUCACUGCAGAAGACGUUUGAAGCAUAGGCUUUGAACGUUUAAAGCAGUUUUCAAUUGGGUGUCGAAAAAUCAACCCAAACUAAUUACGGCAUCCAAUCAGAAGAAAGCUUUUAAGCAUUGUAAGUAGCCAAUGAGAACGAGUGACUCACUCACGAUUGUUUGUAGUUUAGGAUCUGAUUGGUUGAGAGAAUGGGGCGAGUUUUCUCGACCAAUCACAGAAAAGAGUUAAGUAAAAAGACCAAAGCAAUUCCAGAUGUCUUUCGACACUCAGUUGAAAAUUGUUCUAUAGUGUUAAAAAUAACGGAUUGAAAACAAAUAGGAGUGUAAAACACUCAAAUAUUUAGUCCAAAUUGUAAUAUUUUCUUGUUCACUUGCAUGUUUCAUUAUGAUGAAGGAAUAUUUUAUCUAAGGAUAAAAAAAAAUAAAUAAAUAAAAAUUUUUUUGUAAUAGGACAAAUUAAUUAAUAUUUUGGGGAAGUAAGACACAUUUAGAAAUAGUUAGUGAGUUUAGAAGGAGCUUUCUCGCGAUUUUAAAUAUAUGGAGGAUAAUCGUGUUCUAGUAAUUUUGAUGUGCUUUUGUCAGUUUUCUAUGCUUUACAGCCAAUCACAAAGAGCUGGGCAUUUAGAGGGCUGAAUUAAGAUGUUUUUGAACGGGAACACUUGUGAUGUAAUUGUAUUUCUGUGCCAGUGGGAUAAGAUAAAACUAAAUCGCACAAAAUUAAAAAGAUGCAAAUCGCAUAUGAUUAUGUGGCGAUCUGAUUGGCUAAGUGGUUUAAAAAGUCAACAAGGAUUUAUUAAGCUUAGUCUUUGCGCCCAAUUUAGAACUUAGUUUAUUGUUGACGCGAACGGCAAAGAUGUUUACCUUUUCAGAUUUUCUUCCUUGUCUCCAAGCUGCUGAAUAUAUGUGACAGAAAAGUAAAAGCAUUUUUUCGCAACAAAUGCGAAAGUUUAAUUUUCUCAGAGCUCUGCUUAAACAAGACCCGGGUGCCAAAGGCGAUAAACUUUUCCGUCUGGACAAUUUGACUGACCGAUGGCCCUUAUGAAAGCUUUUAAGAGUUAAGCGCAGUUUAUUUCUGAAACCAGAUCCUCCAGGUACCUGGUGAUUUUUCGAUCUCAGGAUUCAGCCUUCAACUUUAUUUUCAAACGAGGAAAAGGCUGAAUUGAAAUUGUCACGGUUCGCCGUUUGUUGGUCGUGUCAAUGUAGCUCUACAUCUAAAUCUUUCUCAUUUUCUUCGAGCAAAUGAGAAAUGUUUUUUUGUUCCUUUUAUUAUUUAAUUUAUACAGAGUAUUUGUGUGCUCAAUGAAAUGUCUGCCACAGAAACAUUUCCGCGAAGAAUACUUCUCAGUGAAAUCCACUAAUUAAAAAGUAAAAAACUGUACUGAAAUUGUUUAAAUUUAUCCAAAUUUCACCUCAUCUAUU